AUGCAAGACAUUUUCAAAGAGAUUGAUGCAGAUGCAGGGAUUCAGGCUCAGUUACAACGUGUGAAGGAGGGAUUGGAAGAGAAAGUGGGUUUCACAGUGGUUGCGGGAAGAUUGAGGUUUAAACAGAGGCUAGUGAUUCCGCGGACUUCGUCACACAUUCCGUUGAUUUUACAUGAAUAUCAUACGGGAGUGCUGGGUGGUCAUUCCGGAGUUCUCAAGACUUUGAAGAGAGUCCAGAGUAUGUUCUAUUGGCGGAAGAUGACGAAAGAUAUCAAGAAGUUUGUCGCUGAAUGUGAUAUCUGCCAAAGACACAAAUACUCUACACUAUCUCCAGCGGGUUUGUUGCAGCCUCUACCGAUACCAACUAGUAUUUGGGAAGAUCUCUCAAUGGAUUUCAUUGAAGGCUUACCUGUUUCGCAUGGAGUGAAUGUGAUUUUGGUUUUCGUUGAUCGAUUAAGCAAGUUUGCCCAUUUUCUGCGUUUGAAGCAUCCUUUCACAGCUGUAGAUGUGGCAAACAAGUUUAUACAGGAGAUAGUGAGGAUCCAUGGCUUUCCGUCGUCUAUAGUUUCAGACAGAGAUCGAAUUUUCCUCAGCUCGUUUUGGAAGGAGUUGUUUAAACAAGCGGGAACUCGACUGAAAUAUAGCACGGCGUUUCAUCCACAGUCCGAUGGCCAAACGGAAGUCCUCAACCGUUGCUUGGAAACGUACUUACGAUGCUUUGCUUCAUCUCACCCAAAAACGUGGGCAAAAUACUUGAGUUGGGCAGAUCUGUGGUAUAACACGAGUUUCCACACAGCGAUUGGUGCAACACCGUUUUGUGUGGUAUUUGGGAGAGAGGCUCCUCUGCUUUUGCGAUAUGAGGAUGGAUCCACAACCAACUUUGAGCUCGAAUUUAUGUUGAAGGAGCGCGAUAUGAUGUUGGAUCAGAUAAAGGCAAACUUGGUUUAUGCGCAGGAACGAAUGAAGAAUAAUGCAGAUAAGAAGAGGCGAGAAUUGUCAUUUGUGCCUGGUGAUAAGAUCUUCUUAAAGCUGAGACCGUAUCGUCAACAAUCUGUGGCAAAGAGACUGUACCAGAAGAUGGCAGCCCGUUAUUAUGGUCCGUUUGAAGUGGUUGAGAAGAUCGGAGAAGUGGCAUAUCGUUUGCAGCUACCUCCUGACUCGAAGAUUCAUCUGGUGUUUCAUGUUUCCCAGCUGAAACCGGCGUUGGGAUCGAGCCAUCAAGUCUCUGCACUUCCGGCUUCGUUCGCAACUAGUCCAACGUUGGUCAUUGAGCCAGAAGAGAUAGUUGAGACACGCUAUAAUACUGCAGGACGUUUGGAAGGUCUAGUGAAGUGGAAGGGCUUGCCUACACACGAACAGUCUUGGGUUUUGGCGUCGGAGCUUCUUAACGAGUUUCCAGAACUUGAGGACAAGCUUCUCAUUGGCGAGGGGGGUAUUGUUAGGACGUUGAAUCGCUAUGUGAGAAGAAAGAAGAGAAGUGAAGAAGAGAAGCUAAAUGGAGAAGAGGCUAUUUUAGAAGAUGACGUGGACAAGUGA